AUGACUGAUCCGGGGAAUCCCGCGAAAAGGGGCGUCGAAAAGGAUGAUGGUCUUGGAAAGUAUAUGAAGAGAGUGAAGACCGUGCUCAAGGGCCGUAACAGAGCAUCCGUCUCGAGUAUGACCGAUAUCUUCGGUGAAUCCAGCAAGUCUGGAGCAAAAGCUGCAGCUACGUCGUCCAGCAGUAAGCCAGCAGCAACCACUGUGUUGAAGAGUACGACUGCGGAAGCUGUUCACGUUCACCUAUGGAGCACCCUUCAGCAAGAGAAAGCUCGUGCCUUGUUCGCUAAAUAUGGCUUGACCUUGGAUCCUAGCGAAUGGAUGUCCAAACCCGUCGACAUAUGUGUGCAGAGGGUUGAAAAACCUGUCCGCAUGCGAGUUCGUCGCAACUGCCACCGAUGCCUUACAACUUUCGGUGCUAAUAGAGUCUGCAUUGGCUGCCAGCACGUACGAUGCACGAAGUGCUUCCGUUAUCCACCUGCGAAGGCCAAGGAGGACGAACGGGAGAAGGAGAAGGCCAAGUCUGCUGCCGCUGCUGCGGCAGCAGCGGAAGCUUCCAAAAAGAUUGUCUUAACGAUCCCAUCGCGUACUGGUGGCCAGGAUCUUGUCCACAAGCCGAUCAGACAACGCAUUCGCAGGACCUGUCACUGUUGCGAAACGUUGUUCAUUGGCGAGGCUACGGAGUGUGAGAAAUGCAAGCACAUUCGCUGCAAGAAAUGUCCUCGAGAUCCACCCAAGCUUCACAAGUAUCCUGACGGUUAUCCUGGAGAUGCAGAACCCCCUGUUGUACCUCUAGAACGUGUAUGGCGUAAACCUAAGCGUCGAGUAAGAUGGACUUGUCACAACUGCUCCAAACUAUUUAAAAACGGCGACAAAAUUUGUUCUCAUUGCCAACAUGAUCGGUGCAAAGAUUGUAUCAGAGAUCCACCCAAGAAAAUCAAACCCGAACCAGAUCCUGAAAUUCUACGACGGGUCGAAGAGCGAUUAUCUAAAGUAUUGAUUUCAUAG